CGGUUUUGCCACUGAGACAAUUUGCUUUAAAGCCUGGCGCUCUUCCUGAGGGCUUGCAGCUGAGUAGCAGCUAAAUGCGUUUUUUCACCUGUAACAUAGACGCUUUUUAACUCAAGUGAGUCGAAGUUACGUAAAAUGGGAGACAAGAAGAGCCCCACAAGGCCAAAGCGGCAAUCUAAGCCCUCCGCCGACGAUGGUUACUGGGACUGUAGCGUCUGCACGUUCAGGAACACCGCGGAGGCGUUCAAGUGCAUGAUGUGUGAUGUCAGGAAGGGAACGUCAACUCGAAAACCACGGCCUGUUUCUCAGUUGGUUGCACAGCAAGCAAAUCAGCAGUUUGCCCCACCCACACUCCCCAAAAAGGAGAAAAAAGAAAAAUCAGAGAAAGACAAGAGCGAUAAAGAACCAACACUGAAAAAGAAAAGCCAUAAAAAGAUGAGGCCCAGGUUAAAAAACAUAGACCGGAGCAGCGCCCAGCAUCUAGAAGUCACAGUUGGGGACUUGACUGUAAUAAUCACAGACUUUAAGGAGAAAGCCAAACCCACGUCCACUUCAACAAGUGCUGCCUCAGCAGACCAACACAGUCAAAGUGGCUCAAGCUCUGAUAACACUGAACGAGGGGUCUCCAGGUGCUCUUCGCCCCGCGGAGAAGACUUGCCGGUUAAUGGAGAGACUCACUAACAUUCACACUCCCAGUCCGCCCAACCCAUUCUUCUGCACUCUCAACAGCCUCAACAAGAGAUUAAAAUUCAACAUGCAUGUUUUUUUGUAAUACUUUAAAUGCAAAUAUGAUAGCAUUCACUUCUUUUGGGGCUGUGUUUUUCACCGCCUUCCCAUGAUGAUGAAGAAUUCAGGACUCGGGACGUGUGCUCAACUCAAAAAGAACGGUUGCAGCGAGAUCUAUCAUGAUGAACUGCUGCAGCGAGAUCUAUCAUGAUGAACUGUUGCAGCGAGAUCUAUCAUGAUGAACUGAAAAAAAGGAACGGUAGCAUUAAAUCCUGGAUGUCAGUGGAACUGUACCACGUGUUGUCUAACACCUCAGUGUUGCGUCGGCAUCACACUGAGCUGGCUGCGCAGAAUAAAUGUUGCAAAUAUGAAAGAAAGUAUGAUAAGUCAUCUCUGAAUUGUAGUUUAUCCUUGAAUUUUGUUAUCGUUAUUUGCACUUAACGGCAUCCUACGUUCAUGAUAACAUUUUUUAGCAUUAUUUCCACUUUUCCAUUAUCAGUAAAUCAUAACACUGUUGGUUACUGGCCUAAUCCGGCUCCAGUUUAUGCCUUUUUGGAUGCAAUAAUUUUUUUACUGUCUAACAUUUGAGUAAAAAUAUUGAAUAAUUAUUCUAAGUAUGCUUCUCAUUCACUUGGUAGAGUUAAGCAUGAUUUAAUCCAUAGAAUGGUUUAUAUUGUAAAAUAAUGUUGAAUAAAAUAAGUUGUAGAUAC